AAAAAAAACCCACCACAGCUAACCCCAAAACUCAUAAUAACGUUCUUUCUAUCUCUCUUUCUUAAAUCUAAUUCACCAGUUCAUUCUCUUUGUGUGAUGUAAAUUGGAAGAGGAUAUGGUCUGUUGUAAAUUCUGAAGUUAUUGUGUCGUCCGGUGAAGAAGAACAAAUAAGAAUAUCAAUCAGUUGAAUCAGAAGAAAUUAUAAUGUUCAGAUUGCAUAGACAUAAGUCUAAGAAAUCAGGGGAAAAGAUUGAUUUCAAGUUCUCUCACUUUAACGCUCUUCAGGUGUGUUCUUAAGGAAUAGUUAUGAUUUUUCUGUGAGUAAAAACUGAUAUUUUGGAUUUUGGAAUGCGAAAUUUGGGUACAUUGUGGAGUACAAGAUUGUAUUAGCAAAGACCCGUAUUCUCAUUAACUUGGUUAUGAAGAAAAGGUUCCAAAAGGAUGGGACAAGAUUCUUGUGUCUAUGGUAUCAGUAGAAAUCGGGAAAACAAUUUCCAAGUCUAGUAAAGCUUUAGUAAGGAGUGGGAAAUGCCAGUGGGAAGAAACUUUGACAGAGUCCAUUUGGGUUGCACUAGAUGAAACUUCUAAAGAACUUGAAGAGAGUUUUCUCAAGCUUGUUGUUUCGAUGGGAUCAUCCAGAUCAGGUAUCCUAGGAGAAACAGUCGUUAACCUGUCAAACUACACGAGCUCAAAGUCUUCUGUUCCUAUCUCAUUGCCAUUAAAGAAAUGUGAUAAUGGAACAGCUUUACAAUUCAAACUCCAAUGCCUCACUCCAAGGGCAACACAGAGGAAGCCAAAACAGCAACCUAACACUUCCAAUGUAGAUAGUACUAAUGAGGAGUACGAUGAUAUGGAUAACAAGUCAGAUACAUCUGAUAGUACUUAUACUAGGAGUAUUGGAUCUUCCUCUAGUAACCAUUUAGCCAGCAAUUCUCAUCCAGGGGAAUUUGACAGUAGGAACCCAAGUUUUUCGGCAUUAGGGUCACGCCAUAGCUCUGACUCAGUCGAAGGCUCUUUAGACAAAAUUAAUUUUUUCCCCUAAAAACAACUUGAAUGGAGACAAUCUGAUUGGAGCACAUGAAUCAUUUGGGUCGCCGAGAAAUCCAAUUUAUGGUCUGGUGCUGUUGAUCUUCCCCGAUCAAGUAACUCGUCGUUCAAUUCAAAAUCAGGCAGCAAUCCUCAAAGUCGGAGACAAGAGUUGGUGCGAAAUAGUUCAGAUGCCUUAGGCUCAUCAUCAUUGAGGGAUGCAGCUUCACCGAAAGAUCUUCUAGAAGCUGCAGAAGAUACAAUUGAGGAUCUUUGUGCAGAAGCUAGAAUUUGGGAAAGAAAUGCUCGGAAAGUAAUGGUUGAUCUAGAGACAUUGAUAAAGGAAUCUGCUGACCAGUCAAAAAACCAUGCGAAUCUGGAUAUGGAGCUUUCAGCAGCAAAUGCCGAAUGUGAUGGUUUAAAGAAAGAGAUUCAACAGCUGAAAAUAAUGAUGGAGGAAAUGAAAAAAGAAUCUACGACUGGUAAUCCAAACUUGCGUGCAGAUGGUGUAACCAGCAUUCUGAAGGAAUUGGAAGCUGUGAUAAAGUUUCACAAAGAAUCCAGUGCUGCAAUGUCUGUACAGCUGCAGAAAACUCAGGAAUCAAAUCUUGAGCUUGUUUCUAUUCUUCAGGAGCUCGAGGAGACGAUAGAGAAACAGAAAACCGAGUUGGAUUCCCUUUCAGAAAUCAAUACAAAAGCUGGCGACAUGGCCAAUUCAGGAGUAGAAGAGAGCUCAAAUGUAGCGAUACAGCUACAAGAAUUGGAUAGAUCACAUAAAGAAAUACAAGCUUCUAUGAAGCUGCUGGAAGUAAAACUAGAAGACAAAAACAAGGAACUCGAGAUGGAACAGACCUUCGGAAGAGAAACAUCUUGGAUAUUGAAGCAGAAUCAUCCAAGCUAUUGGCAAAAGAUGAAGAAAUCAUUAAACUAGAAGCGAAGAUAUCUGAUUUACUCAGUGCUCAAGGUUCGCAAGAAGGUAAUUUGAAUCCGAACCAAGAAGUUGAGAUGUUGAGAGAGAAAGUACAGGAACUAGAGAAGGACUGCAACGAACUUACAGAUGAAAACCUGGAACUCCUAUACAAGCUAAAAGACUCAAAUAAGGAUCUCCAACCUGGUGCUACUCCCAUUGCUUCUGAACCUUAAGCUGACUUACUUAGAUCACAAGUACAUCAGUUAGAACAGGAACUAGAGAAGAAGCAUUGUCAGUUUGACGUGGCUGCUGAAAACUUCAAGUCCCAAUUGGUCGGUCUUCAAAAUAAGUCUGCUGAUCUGGAAAUUCAAUUGCAAUAUUUCCAAAAGAAAUUUCAUGAUCUUGAUACCCAACUUUGCGAGAGGCAACUCAAAAGAAAGGAUCAUGAACGGGAAAUAACUACAUUGAAGCAACAAUUGAAGCAGUAUCAAGAUGAAGAAGAAAAGGGUGAAAUCCCUAUUGAAAAGCUUGAAUCUCCCAUCUCCACAUAAUCGAUUGAAUUUUUUCAAGAGCUAUAUCAACAACUUCAUCUGGCUUUAGCUCAAGUAAAGAAGCCGUGGUGUAAUAUCUCCUCUAGUGUAACUAUCGAGUAUGAAGAUAAUAUCAACCAAGACCCAAAGUUUG